AAAGAAGAAAAAAAACAUCAACAUGUUCUGGAUAAUAACAAAAUAUAACCUGUAAUGUUGGAGACUAAGUCGCAAUUUUUAUAUUAUUGUACUUUUAUGUACAACAAUUGAAAUUAAGUUAUAAUUCACAUAUAAUAUAUAACGAAAAUGGAUUCUGUCAAAGAGUUUAUGAGUAUUUUUCUAAGAUGCUGGCAAGAGAGACAAGGCUUAGAAUUGGAGAGAUUAUUCAAAGAUGGGCCAAAAUAUUUUCAGGAUGUGCCGCAAAGUGCCAAAGCGCUGGCCCUCGUCAUGAUUUUCGAUGAGAAAAAUGGACUCCCGCAAUUUUUACUUAAAGAAGUCGACCGGCCAGUGGUGUCCAAAGACUUUCAAAGUUCUUUUAAUAUGGCAUUUCACUUGUUGCAAUUUUUUAUUACCGAGUAUUCAGAUGUUCUGGGACCUCAUGUACUAGUAAUUAAAAAAUUAUGUGCUGCGAUAGCGACAUUAAAAACUGCCGCUUAUUUACAUCGCAUCGCUUGUUCAACUCUUAUCAUGUUGAUUGAAAAUUUUCAUGGUAUCGAUCUACAACUUGAUGAUACUCUUAGCUAUUGGAUUUCUAAGAUAAACUUUUUUUCCGAUAGAGAACUGAAUCCAAUAUUAAGAGUACUGAGUGUAAUUGCACGUUACUAUCCCGCCAUGGACAUAAUAACAGAGAAAAAAGAAAUAAUAAAAAAUUAUGCUGUCAAAUUAUUUGAUAAAACGUAUAACACGAUGAUACACGAGAGGCCGACGCUGCUGGAAAUGAAUAUCGAGUCAAUUAUAGACUUACUUUACAAUUUCCCGCCAAAUGAAAACGACCCCGAGAUAAUUAAAUUCUACGAGCGCGUCAAGGAAGUGAUAGACACUGCGGGGAAAAAUAAAAAAGUUGCGAUAAUAAAAUCUAUUUUGAAACUCAUGACGCAACAAAUGUUCACCUUCGAAAAUUUAAUUUUCCGGGAUAAUAAAUUUUGGCUGAAAACUUUUACGCGUUUUCGCGCCGACGAACUCUACAGUGACAUUGCAACGGAAGCCUUGAAAGUUUAUUACGAACUAAUGGGCAAAGUUUUCAGCGAGCAAAUAAAAAAGAAAGACGACAAAGAAGUUGUGGUACUCCACAGUCUCAAGGGCAUGUUCGUAAAAAACCUAACAAACAAUUUGAUUUCUCGGGAUUUGCGUCUGAAUGUCAAUGGAUUGAGUCAAAUCGCUGAGCCGAUUGAAAAAUUACACAGCAGUGCAGCAGUCGAGGAAAUUUAUUCAUUAGUUGCAAGUCGAAUUAUUCCUCUGUACUUCAGCGAAGACGAAGCUCACGAGUACUUUGAAGACAUCCCAGAUUACCAGGAAUCUUUAUCCCGGAUACUGAUUCACAUAAAUAAUGUAUCAAAUGAUCAGAUCAGAGCGCUGUCAAAACUCAGUGUACUUUUAAUUAAAAGAUAUCCAGAACUUUCUCCUAUAAGUCAGCGCCAUGCAAUUGAGUCACUGAAACGAACUCUUUCUAACGUUGGGAAACUCAAAUUAAAUAUUUGCCGAGAGUUUAUUAGAAAUCUAGUCUUUGAAAGUAUUGUCUGGAGUUGUUCCCACAGCCUACUGAUCGACGCGGAGUAUCAACGUGACGCUGAAAAUUCGACAGAACGCCCGAUCUGUUACAAGGAUUACGUCCCACUGUGGAGGGGUUUGCUGACUGCAGUAAAUUGUGAAAUGUCAGUACAGCAGCAAGUCAUCAAUGAAAUAAUCGAGGCAUGUAUAACAUUAAUUGAAAAAUUAAAUUUAACCAUAAAGACCCGCGAGAAUAACGUUUUUGCGGACAUCGCUGCUUCGAAGAUCGCCGAAAACGAGACGGAUUUCCGGAUCUUCCAUAACAUGAUCGAUCUCUACGAGGAAAUAUUUGACGAAAUAAUACCUUGUGAUCCAAAGGAGAAGUUUUCCCGGUUUUUGUACCACGUGAUACGCGCGUCGUAUCAGUACCCAUUGAUAUCAGGGUUCUACCGUCUAGUCGAUCGUAUUUUGAACGCAAAAGAUUUUAUUGACAGCGACCAGACCGUGGACAAAGAGCUAAACAAAAUGAUACUUCAGUACCUACAGAACACGCUGGACUCUGUGUGUACAUUUCCUCAGGAACUACAAGUUUCUUGCAUUCAUCUUAUUCUGCACACCCCCAUGACCUUCGUGCCCUAUUUGAUAGAUCAGUUGGUACCGAUAUUCAAAAUAGCUUUGACCAUUGGUCUAAACGACUACGAUCUAGCCAACAGUGCCCUGACUGCGCUAGAAGACUACACCUGCUCGGUUGAAAACGAGAAAAUGAAUGAGUUUAUAAAGGAACUACUGCCGCUGUUAGAAAUAUAUUUGCGAAGUAAAGAGAGCUUUCAAGUUUACAACGAAACGUUCAGUGCUAAUGAAAAGCAAGUGUAUAAUAAUGAUGAAGGUCUAGAGAAGCUUCAAAAAAGAAUUCUCUUGUUGUUCGGGCGUUUUGAAGAGUCAGCAGUACUGGAAUUUCUGCACAAUCAAUCUCUGAACACCGGAGCCUCUUGGGACAAAAAAGAUCUACUGAAAUAUUCAUUAAAUUUUCCCGAUUACACUCUCGACGUCUACUUGGACACGAUGUUACCCCGGGUAAUGGAACUGUCAUUAAAUUCUAGCGAUCGCCGUACAAAAGUUGCCGCAUGCGAAGUUCUACACUCGAUAGUCGCAAUAGUUUUGGGCAAAACCGUGCAGUAUUUAUCAGCUGACGCGGACCGUUUUGCUCCACUUUACAAAACUCUCUGCCCGGUUCUUCUAAGACUUGGCUGCGAUGCUGACGAUGUUAUACGUCAACUUUUCAAUCCUCUGAUGCUGCAAUUAACCCACUGGUUAAGUUCGCGAUUGAUGUUAUGCUCGCCAGCAGUUAAUUACCUCGUCGACGCUCUUUUCGACGGACUGAGUGACAAAACUAAUUCGGCAUUAAGAGAUUUCUCGGGUAUUUGUCUAGCAGAGUUUGCCAACUGGUCAAUAAAACAGUCUAAUGAUCAGGAUUCAUUUCGCGCGCAAAUAAAUAUAAACACAAUCGUUGAAAAUAUAACAAACUUUGCAUUACAUCCGUCAGAUAAUCGUCGAAUUGCCGCGGCAAUUGCUUUCAAUUAUUUGCACAAGACUCUAGCUAAUUAUCAAGAAAUAGUUGAUGUAUUUUGGCUGGAGCUACUGUACGCUUUUGUCAAAAGUCUUAAUGGAUGCCAUGAUAUCAGUAUUCAAACAUCUCUAGAUCACAUCAAGAAAGUUUUGAUACAGAAAUCGAUUGUUUUUAACAAAAUUGAACCUCGUAGAAAAGUACCGAUUGAAUUUAACGGCGGGACACUUGAAGAUACGGUAAAUUGGUUACUGGGUCAAUGUAAAUCACUGGACAACAAUGUAAGGAAAAAAUCAAUGGAAUUAUUUGCUGCGCUAUCGUCAGAAGUAGAGGCUCAUAAGUCUGCUAAAAAUGUGGUGACGGCUUAUUUGAAAGACAACGGAGUGCAGGGACUCAAUAGAAUUAUUUUGAAAGGCACCGACGAUACGGUCCAUGGAAUAAAUUUGAAUUCUGAAAAAUCGGCAGACUAUUUGAAACAUCUCUUACGUACAUUGGAUUGUUAUAUUUGGCUCCUUCGUAAUGAUUUAAUUGAGGGAGAUAACGUUUUGUUUGAAGCCUCGAAUCCAGACCGACGUGUGAUAUUCACUUGCAUUAAAUGUUUCACUCAAUCGGUACUGGAUUUACAAAAUGAAGACGUAAAUUCAACAAUUAAAAGUCUUACCCAUGUCAGCGCGUUAGUUUGCGAAACGAUAAUGACGUUGUUUGAUUUUAUAUGCGCGAUUUUGACAACGGAAAUCAGUGAAAGGGAUUGGGUUUAUAAAGAAUUAUUUCAUAAAAAAAUUUAUACCCUCAUUUCAAAAUGUGUUUUCGAGCCCCAAAAAGUCGGAUUCGAUGUAAAGAAUUUACUGAUCACAGAAUCGCUGCCUUCAAAACUUGAAGUUCUCUUAAAUGCUUUAAAAACGAAACUUCCAUCGGAAUAUUACAGCGCGAUGAAGAAUAAAUUCAAAGUUACUAUCGAAGGAGUAUCGCCGAUUUUGUUUGAUUUUGAAGAAAUUCAAGAUCACAGGUCGGAAGUAAAUGCAGUAAAAGGAUUAUUGUUAUUACACAAGUGUGAUAUUUUGCCAACACUAAGUGACGUAGACGUCGUCUCAGAUAGUACGGAAAAAAUAAAAAAAAUAUUUGACAGCCUCAAGAGCGGAGAAGCCGAUCAGUGGUACAUCGAAUUGCCCUCUGAAAAGAAGGUUUACUUUGAGCAUUUAUUGAAACUGCUGCUUAAUUACGAGGUCCUACCAGCGAAAUUAAUUAUCGAGAGAACGUUGACGGACGAGCGGCUAAAUGGACCGCAACAAGAUUCCAAAAUUUCACACGGCGAAUACUUUUUCAAUACUUUCAAAGCCGUGCUGAUUCCUUGUCUGCUUAAUGACAUCCCUGGUACUUUAAAGGAGCUGACUGAUUUAUUACAAACCUCCGUGCAAGGAUCUCUGUUUAUAACUGAAGAAAUGGUUGUCUGGGUGUUGAAGCACAAAAAUUGUUACGAAGAAAUUUUAGAAGAGCUAGCGGAUGAAAUAAUCGACAGGUUCAGUGUUUAUGAACGCGCGUUAAAUAAAGUAGAAGCGCGUAAAAAAAUAUUUUCCCGGAUUUUCCGUACCGUUGUGCGUUUUAAGAAAAAUCCUCUGGAAAUAAUGCACGCGCGCGGGCCGAUGUACGCUUGGAUUUUGAAGGAAUUGAAUGGCACAGACGAUCUUAUGAAGAAAACAAAUAUAUUGAAUGACUUUCUGAUCUGCUUGACCGGGGAAAACUCUAGCUCCCCCGAAAUGAAAGUCAUGCUGGACGGCUUGAAGCGAACCCGCGAAGCCGAGAGCUCGGGGGGAGUAACCGGAAAUACUCUUAUGAUCUCGAAAAUAAAGGAAUGCUUCCAAACACUGCUAACAUUACUGCCGAUAACGAAGUCUACGGACGUUUUCUACGCAACAAUUAAUUUUUCCAUGGGCGUAGGAGAAUAUUUAUUCAAUGAAACAACUUCCAAGUCCAUAAACAGUUAUUUCAAUAAUAUUGUUGACGACAAAGCUUUGAAAUCUGUUGAAGUCGCGUACGAUUUGUUCAUGGAAACAUUAAUUGUAAAAGAAAGACUUGAUGUUCUAAAACAUUUUCUACUUCCUGGACUCAAAUCGUCCAAUCCCUUUGUCAAGGAGCAAUUUUUCAACACAAACAUAAAAGAUAUAUUUAAAACACUGACUCAAACUACGACAAAUAAUUUGACUGAUGAUAAAAAACUUAUUGUAUCAAAAAUCGGUUGUUUCAAUUUAAUUGAACUGAUGUUUGUUAAUUUAGAUCUAGAAAAAAUAAAUAACAAAGAUGGAGUUUUAGCGAGUAAUAUUUUGUCAGGCAGCUCAUCAAAUGAUUCCGUAACUCAACGAAUUUUUAAACUUACUUAUCAAAUUCGUAGUUUCAAAAGUUCCGUACUUGAAUUCGCUGAAAUCGUGAGACUUCUUCACUGCGCGGCUUACAAUUGCGCGAUAACAAUCGCCAGUGAAACUGAAGACAGCAAGUACUACUUGUCUUUAUUCGCCGAGAAUCGAAAGGCCGGUCAAUUGAUAUGGGAAAAUAUAAUCGACUGUAAGAAAGUCUACGAGCUGUCGCAGACUUUCAAAGAAUACCCGAAGCAACGGAAGAAACUCGUCAAUAUCAGAAAGUCGGUACGAAAUCGUCAAAAUGACCCGUUGGUUUAUUCAUACAUAAAGAGUUACGAUCUGGCGACUUCGACGCUGAAUGAAGAUGUUUACGCGCAUGAUUUUAAUGAAGUCGCAUUGCUAACUACGCCUUCAAAAGAAUCGGCUUCGCUAUCAGUGACUUUAGAAAUCGAUGAUUUCAACAAUCACGAAUGCAUGCCACCUAUCUGUGCGAUUUUGAAAAUAAUCAGUGAAAGUAGACCGGGUUUUACGGUUCCGGAUCCUCAGAACCCACCGAGAGAGUUCACUUUAUUUGCUGGAUCAAUGAGCUGCGUUCACCAAAAUGCUCAACUAUUUAUGCUGAAAAUAAUUCUCAAUAAUCAGUCAGUAUUUAAACCGUACGCUGAGUUACUUUUGGCGCCAAUUAUAAAUACUGUAAUUUCGCUGCUGAGUCAAGGACCGCUGAAUUAUAUAAUAACUGACGGACUGUUACUGCUGAUAGACUGGGCCGACGUAGCGAUUCCUGAUGAAAAACUUAGCCAGCCGGUCAACGAAUUAUUUUCUCUGCUGGUUGAUAAAGUAGACGAAGGACCUCCCAGUGAUUAUAUCAUAAGAUACAACUUCCGCAUCGUCGAACUGCUUGUUCAAGUAUGGCACCAACUGCUUACUCUCCCGAAAAGUAUUGAUGUUAGAAUGACAUUAACACGCGAGCGUGCCAUCAGACUUAUUCUCAUUCUGCUCGCCAACAAUAUGGCGGCGGAAAUAAUCUGUCGCACUGACAUACUCGAUUAUUUGAUAAACUCAUUGAAAGAAAAUUGGCAUAACAAAGAAGAAGAAGUUCUCCAUACAUGCGAAGCGAUUGCUCUUUUCCUUAAAUUUUCUAGUACAGCAGAAAACACCGGUGUCGAAAAUCACAUCACUGAUAAAAUUCAUCCAGUUUUACGGUCACUGCAGUCAAAAAAUGCAGACAGACUUGUGCGCUGUAUCCAUGUGAUGGCCAAAGCGUACCCACUUUUGGCAGAUGAGUUUUUUGUACACAUACUUGAUAAUAUUUCAAAAGUUGCUGCGCCAAAUAUGGCCAAAUGUAUGGAAGUUAUUCUGCAAAGAAUGCCGCGGAUGGAACCACAAAAUAUAAUACGUGAUUUGAAUUAUAUUAAAUUCUUUGAUUUACUUCAAAAUAAAGUGAUAUCGUGUGAAAAAGUAUGUCUUGAAAUAGUCGAUAAGCUCGUUGCGAUUCUCGAUCCCAUGAGAUUCGUUUCAGUGGCAAAUACCGUAGGAACUUAUUCACAUCACGACUCACCGGAGUAUCGAAAAUUAACAUACAAUAUAUUUAUGAAUUUAUAUAAAAAAUACUCAGCAGACAUUACAGAUGAUCUAGAUAUACAGAAAUUGGUUGAUAUGAGUAAAAAAAUACUUUUACAUGGUCUACUAGAUCCAUUCGAAGAGCUUCAGUCAAAAAUGACGAUUUUCUGGACUGAAGAAAUCGGUUUGCGUGAAAAAUGUACCGACAGAAUACUUGAUAUACUCGAUGUCUACUCGCCCGAUGCAGAAAAAGAUUUUUUGACGGCACUGACAAUUAUAUUUUUACACAUGACAAAAAAAUCACCGACUUAUAAUCAGAUUAUGUUUGAACCUCUCAACAAAAGCUGUAAUUAUCGCGAUUACGCAGUUGCUAUUUCAUGGAGAAUGAAAAAUUUAAGCUACCGGAUUCCAUUGUUCACAUCUUCGUACGCGAAUCACUACAGCCAGAGGCACUCGUUGUCUAGCGCGAAUAUCGAUGACUUAACGUCCACUGAUAGAGAAUCGGUGUCACGGGGUACUGUCACUUACUAUUCGUCGUGGCGCGAUAGAUCGUUCACAAAUGAGUCGUUUCUCGCAGGGAAAUCGACAAGCACUUUACGCACAGAUGACAUCUUUGUUGUACCAAAAUCCCCGUCGCGUAACAUAUUUUCGCAGCGUUUUCUAAAUGAACCACCAGAUUCGAAAACGUCAACGAUCAACAGAAAAUUGCAGCACUAUCAUCAACGGGAAGAUGUCUUGCGUCAGCAAUUGAAUAAACAGCGCAACUCAGUUAAGUUGAACAGAAAUUAUCGUAUUGGUGAUUUUCCUGAUAUUGCGAUAACUCCUGAAGCAGUUCUCACUCCGCUGCAAGAACUUAUUAAAAAGGAUGGAGUUAUAUGCAAAGACUUGGCUGUGUCUAUGAUUUAUUCUCUACUGAACCAAGUGCAGAAUCAGUCGAGAAUAAAAAGAGAUAAUUAUUUCAAUGAUUUUAUCAAAAGUUUAGAGGCAAAGUUGAACAACGUACUAGAAAACCACCGCGAGAGCGGCCAUAUUGUCGCUAUGAUAUUAGAAAUAAUGUUCCGCGCCGAAAAUAUUGAAUUUAAUUCCACCACAGUGGCUAGAGUGUCCAAAGCUACUGAUUUCAAUUGUCUGGGCGCACUCUUGCUCGAAAAAAAUCUAAUUUCCGGCUCAGAAGAUCAAGUUCCUCCAGCGAAAAGAAGACGUUCUGAUGAACCUGGUACGUCAUCAUCAAUUGCACGUGAUUGUACUGACGAAUGGGUGCAACUAGCAGAGUUGUAUGAAUCAACAAGUGAAGUCGACGUCGUGCUGAGUAUUUUCCAAAAUCACGUGCUAAAUCUACAAGAACUGAGUGAAGCUUCGGCUGCUAGAGCAAACAGUAGAUGGGACAAAGCAUUACAUUUAUAUAAAAGUGCACUUGGUCGUUAUAAUCCAGUUGAUUUUUCCGAAACUGGAGCAAUUCAACGUCACUGCCAUCAGUCUGUUUUCGAAUGUUUUGCCCGACUGUCAGAUUGGGACCAAAUUAUUGCCCAAAUCCGGUCGACGGCCGGUGAAGACAAAGAUUUAGAUCAUUUUCUAAACAUAUCAAAAUCACCCGAAGGAUGGCGCUCGUCGUGGUACUUCAAAGCGUUCACUUAUCAGUACACGACAGUAGACAGAGAAUACACUCCCAAAGAUGAAUACAAACGCGCCCAACAAUUCGGUGACAAACUUUCAGGAUUAUUGAAGAUCAAGCCUAAACUCGAGUUACUAAAAGAAUUAUUUGCCGAAGAAAUAGCUGCGAUUUGUGCUACUAAAUAUAAGGAACAGUCGCGUGAUUUUAUAGAUACUGCUCUAGAUAAAGUAAGAGAGCAGUGGAUUCAACUGAGUCCUCUGUCAGCGGCUCUGAGAGCGCAUCAGGUUACAAAAUUACGUGGAAUAAGUAAUAUUGAUAUCUAUUGCAAAGCUGUAGCCAGUAAUCCAAACAAAAUCCAAUCACUUUUGAUGAACUAUUGGUCAGCUAGUUACCCACAUUCGCAAGACAAUUUGCUACCCUGGGACAUGCAUAUUGCGUACCGAAUGCAUUUCGCCAAAGGGUUGAAAGAGAAUCACCUGACCAAAAAUUCAUCACAGGAAGUACUUAGCAGUGAAGUUGAAACACUUAUUACUGGAUUGAAGUAUCAUAUGGUCGAAGCUGCCUUUCAGCAGCGGAACAAAUCACUGAUGGGAAAAUAUCUACAAUCUAUUGUUGUCUCAAACAAAGAACCUUCUGGUCCUGACAGUAAGUUUUUCAGUGAAUUUACCCUGAAUCGUGCAAGAUAUAAUAUUCUAUCAGCACAGAUGGGUAACUCUGAAGACAAAUUGAUACAGUAUCCGUCUUCUUGGAAUAGGGCAGAAAAAAUAUUGCUCAAUGACAACACCGAUAUCACGACGCGAAUAAAUACUCGGCAGCUUAUCAGCGAACUGGUAAAAAAUGUCAUUGAUUUGAAUAAUCGCGACCAAGAACUUUUCCAACAAGUCGUCAACAAAAUUGACCGGCAUAUUGUCAAGUACAUGGACCAUUCCAAUGACGUUAUUAACGGUUUGAAUUCCUGCAGCCUCAAUAAUCUCAAGGCGUGUUGUAUCGAUGCUUCGCGGCACUCAGUAGAAGACAGUAAAGUCAAAGACUGCUAUUUAAAACUACUGAAAUAUUGUCACAGUAAAAUAUUGACUGGUCAAGCUAGUCGGGAGCUAAUUAAAGAGUUUGUAAAUUCUACAUUGAGAGCAAUGUGUUACAAUUCAUCUGAAGCUGCCAACUAUUUUCCCUGUCUACUCAAUGUUGACUAUCUAAAAGACCCGGAAAUAAAAGAAAUUUUCAAAGCGCAGACUAAAAAAAUACCGCUGUGGCGUUUUCUCAAGUGGCAAUCUCAGUUAUUGUUCCAUUUAUCAACUUCGCUGGAGGAAGUAGUGGCGCCAAUUAUCGAAAAACUGUUUCACCAGUACCCAAAUGCGCUCAUUUACAGUCUCAGGUUGACUAUCGAUACCAACCCUGGAGUAAAAAACCACCCGAUGAUUAAGAAACAAAUGCAGCUAUUUCGCGGUCAGGUUGAAUUGGAAAAAUUCAUCGAAGCGAUGGAAUAUUUAGUGAAACCUGAACUAUAUUUACAGUAUUUUUUGAAAAAGUUGAAAAGAAAUUCAGCAUUUACUGACAGUUCGUUCGAUUUACUGAUGCAGAAAAUUUAUCCAGACGACGCGCUGAGUAUGCAGGGAAAACUCUACAAAGAGAUCGCGAAAUAUCGGGAAGAAAUGAAGCGUAUGAAGAAAAUGUCCAAGGAAGAUUUUGUGGUUCAUAUUGACAAAAUAAUGAGGGAAUUGAUUCAGCAGUCAGAGAAAUCUAAGGACAGCAACGCUCUAAAAGACUACAGUCCCUGGCUGAGUCAAUUCAGCGGCUCGGAUAUCGAGAUUCCUGGUCAGUAUUCCGGGGACCGCGAACCUUUUCCGAAAUACCACGCGAGAAUAAUGAAAAUAGAGCCGAAGGUUCAGGUGAUGAAGUCAAAAAGCAAACCCAUAAAAAUAACGAUAAUUGGAAACGAUGCCAAGUAUUAUAACUUUUUGGUCAAAUUCGGUGAAGACUUACGACUUGAUGAGAGAAUUGAGCAGGCAUUUGGUAUCAUGAAUGAAAUACUGAGAGCUGAUAUCGCUUGUUCUCAACGAAAUUUGGCAAUAAAUACCUACCAAGUGAUAGCACUCUCUGGUUCAUUGGGUCUGAUUCAGUGGAUUGAUAACACGAAAAGUCUCAAUGAUUAUAUCAGCUUUGAUUUUAAUGAGGAACAGAAAAAAAGACAUGGUCAUAUUAGAGAAGAGUAUGUCAGCUGGAUUGGAAACGCAAGUCCUGGUGCCAAACCGAUUGUCCAGUACAAAGAGUCGUUAAUUAAAUAUGACGCCAAGGCAGUCGUUACCAAAAUGAACCAACUGAUCGCUAAGACAGAGUGGGAUUUAUUGAGACGUACGUUUUUGAUGCUGAAUCCUUCGUUGGAAAGUUUUAUCACCUCGCGGAGAAAUUUCGUUGUCACUUAUGCGACAAUGUGUGUCGCGCACUGGAUACUGGGAAUUGGUGACCGUCAUCUGGAGAAUACUCUGAUGAAAGUUGAGUCGGGAAAGUGCACGGGAAUUGAUUUUGAAUCGGCAUUUGGCGGCGGGAUUGAUCAAGUGAUACCAGAAUGCAUGCCAUUUAGACUGACUAAUCAGAUUAAGGGACUGAUGAAGCCGUUUGAUGAAAAUGAUGAGUUCAAAACAAUCAUGAUUCAUGUCCUGACGGCUUUGAGAAAUUCAAAGGGCCCUUUGUUGGCGUACUUGGGAGUCGUCGCCAGUGAAAAUCUUAACUGGAGUGAACACGCGCAACAGUUGAUGGAAAAAAUUCAAGAUGAUCAUCGUGUUGCGGAUAUCAACUGGUUCCCGGAAAAUAAAUUUGAUUAUAUAUCGAGGAAGUUGAAUGGGGAAAAACCCUCAGAGAUUAUGUUGAAAGAAUUGAAAAACCAGCAUUUAGACGACAAAUAUUAUCUGCGAUAUUCUAAGAUUGUGGGAGGAACGGAUACUGGGAGUGAUAAAUUGCCAGCCAGGAUAAGACUGCAGGAGGAUAAUUUAACGCCAGCGGAACAGGUCGAAUGCCUGCUGGAACAAGCAACGGAUUUAAAUAUUCUUGGCCGUACAUACGCAGGGUGGAAUCCAUGGAUAUAAAUUUUUCGAGUUAUAAACUUAAAAAUUUUUUUAUAAAAUCUUUGGAAUAAAAUUAUGGAGAGAAGUUUAUAAGAAAUUCUUUUUGUCAAUAAAUAAACUUAUAAUUUCGUA